GGAAAGACAUGAAGAAAUAAUAUUCGACAAAACUGAUAAAAAUAGCAAGUCCAGUCAAAAUAUUUCCUGGUGUCAGAGCCAAAGCCAAUAGUAUUACUCAUCGCUGCUUUAUUCAGUAUUGCCUACCCCACUGAUUCGUUGCUGCGCCGUGGAAUUCUGCAGAUCUGUGUCAAAUUUAGGUCCGGGAGAUGCAGUAAUUCAAAAUAAGCUGCUAGACUGCUGUACGAGCAUGAUGGAUUCUAUGGGUGGAGGUAACAAUAUGACCAGCAAUGCCAAUUUGGCGUCGAAGCAUCGGCUUCGUUGGACCCAUGAGCUUCAUGAGCAGUUUGUUGAUGCUGUCGCACAACUCGGUGGACCAGAUAGGGCGACUCCUAAAGGCGUUCUUAGAGUUAUGGGGGUUCAAGGGCUAACAAUUUACCAUGUAAAAAGUCAUUUACAGAAAUACCGGCUUGCCAACUAUCUUCCAGAUUCUUCCUCUGAUGGAACAAAAGCUGAAAAGAAAGACUCUGGAGACAUGUUUUCUGGCUUAGAUAGUUCAUCGGGAAUGCAAAUAACUGAAGCACUGAAGCUGCAGAUGGAGGUUCAAAAGCGAUUGCAUGAGCAAUUGGAGGUGCAGAGGCAGCUGCAGUUGCGGAUAGAAGCUCAAGGAAAGUAUUUAAAAAAGAUUAUUGAAGAACAACAACGCCUAAGCGGAGCUCUCCCAGAAGCACCUGCCUCGGAGGGAAUUUGCCCCGACUCUGAGAACAAAACUGACCCAGGGACCCCUGCUGCAACUUCUGAGCCCCCGUUUGCUGACAAGCUUUCCAAACCCAAGCGAGAGACCAGAGAAAAAGCAACGUGGGAGCACUGACAAGAAAUGGUUCUGAGCCACUCAGUGCUGGAGUCAAGCUCGAGCCCCUUUAUCAGGAGCAAGAUUCUAAUUUCUUGGCAAGAGAAUAGUCGGAUCAUUUAUCCGGGUUAUCCGUUGCAGGCAAACACUAGGGUCACCAAUAGAGACAAUUAAUCCGUUCUGAUGUAUGCUUUCUUUGUCACCUUGUUGUAUGUCUAGUUCAGAUGAAUGAAUGUGAUAGUUCUUGAUGUUCUGAUUA